CCACAAGUAAAACACCCAUCAGUGCUUCUGUGGUUACAUCAAAAAAACACCUGCUCCAGCACAUGUGGCAAGACUUAUUCCUUUUAGUGCGAGCUGGUCUCCUUUGGGGAAGUUCUUUUCAUUCCAUCGCCAUGACAGCUGCUGUAAAAAAACUGGACCAGCAACUCUCGUCACAGGCUUGACAGGUGGCAUUCGUUAAACAAUGGGUUAGAAGAACCCCCCUCCGACAAUCUUCAGGGCAACUAUUGGAUUUUACAAUGUGUGGUUAAGGCUGGCGUGUGAAAAAAGAACUAUUAUUAACACUCAACACGAUACUAUAGCCCCCCAAAACAUAAAGGUGGUGUGCUAAAAGUCUGAGAAAUUAAACAAAAAGAUCGGAUAAGUAAAAUAAACAUCCCUUUGGUCAAUUUUAACUUAAAAUCCACACUUGGUAGUUAUGAACUGUGCAUGGUUGAGACUUUAGGAGAAACCUUCUCAAUAUAAUGGAUUAUCUCAUUGAUAAAAUUCUUCAAAGUUAGCAAUUUAACAACACUUUUAUCUUAUAUUGCUUAAGAUUCAAACCAACGAUGUGAGCGAGGUAAGGUGGCUUUUUAUAUAUUUUGAAAAGAUUAAAAAAAUAAUACCCAGACUAACUAUCCUUUUUUGUUUUUGCUUAACAAAAAGACUCAACUUUAUGUGUCGAUUUUAAACUAGUUUUGAGGUAUUUAUCAGUUAAAAUGUUCAGCAUAUCCUCCAAGAAAGGUAUUUGAACAGGUAUUACAACAAGAGUUUCUGUUUCAAACUGUUCUGUCGCUAAAACAGACUUUUAAAAAUAUAUUUUUUUCCAAAUCACCUACAUUUUUGCUCAAUAAUUUGCCAAUAAAAAAUUUGUUCUUACAUGAAGGAAGUCCCUUUGAAAAGAAUCCCACACCCCUUUGCUUGCCUUAGAGGCAAAACAAAGGACAGAAAUGUUUCGUCAGAGGGAACUCAGGUGUUACGUUUGACUCAGCCCUCAGAGCUUUCCUUUUGCUUGAAGAGUCAACACCGACUGCUGGGCUCUCUCAAAAUGUUCAGACUUCACACCAACGGGACACAGAACAAAGUCGCCACGGUAACGGUGCUUGCCGCUCUUGUCGUGGUCGUUUAUGUGGGCUUCUCCCAAAACACAUCAAACAGCAAAAUAACUUUUCAUCAAGUUAAUGUGAGGGAGUUUGACACUAAAACGAAGCCAGUCACCAGACUUCACAAGUAUAAAUAUUCGUGGCCAAAAUGCCAACGAAACACCUCUGUUGCCAACAUCUCCGGCUUCGACUCUUUACCCGGUCACAUUAAAGACUUUCUGUAUUAUCGCCACUGCCGGCAUUUCCCCAUGCUGCUGGACCUCCCAGACAAAUGUGGGGGACCCGAGGGUUCUGCAGAUGUCUUCCUGCUCCUGGUCAUCAAGAGCUCACCGGGAAACUACGACCGCAGAGAGGUGCUGCGAAACACCUGGGCCAAGGAGAGACUUCAGAACGGAGUGUGGAUCCGGAGGAUCUUCAUCUCAGGAACACAUGAUUCUGGUUUUGAGAAAAUUAGACUAAACAGACUAUUGGAGUUUGAACAACGCAAGCACAAAGACAUUCUCCAGUGGGACUUCCACGACUCCUUCUUCAACCUCACCUUGAAGCAGAUACUCUUCCUGGAAUGGAUGGAGAGAAAUUGUCCUCAUGUCCACUACCUGCUGAACGGAGACGAUGAUGUCUUUGCCAACACCAACAACAUGGUUGUGUACCUCCAAAACUUUAAGGAAGGAGGAAGAAAGCACCUUUUUGCCGGUCAUCUCAUUCAAUAUGUGGGACCAAUUCGAGAAAAGUGGAGUAAAUAUUACGUUCCAGUGCAGGUUCACGAGCCCGAGAAAUACCCUCCUUACUGCGGUGGUGGAGGCUUCCUCCUGUCUGGAUAUACAGCGAGAAUCAUCUACAAAAUGUCACACAACAUCACCAUUCUCCCCAUUGAUGAUGUGUACAUGGGUUUGUGCCUGCAGCAGGGCGGCCUCCGCCCCGAGUCUCAUCCUGGAGUAAGAACAGCUGGACUGUAUGUUAUAGACAAGGAGGCAGAUAGAUACGACCCCUGUUACUUCAGGGAAAUGCUCCUUGUUCACAGAUUCCUGUCAGUCCACAUGUAUGUGAUGUGGAACAGUUUGCAGGACCCUAAUCUCGACUGCACGAACUAUUACAAAGGUCAUUGAUAAAGCUUUAAAUUCCUUUAAGGUUUGCAACCAAAUUCAAACCAAGAAAGAACAGGUCUCUUAUCAGAUUACUGGUAACCACUGAUGCAGAUCUUAUUAUUGAUGUACUUUUAUGUAUAAUAUCCAGCUACAAUGACCUCUUAGAUUUCAGCUCAUAAAUUCUUUGCAGUUCUUUUGAACACGUGGAGGAUUUUUUACUUCAACUGAAUAACAGAAACCUUUGAGGUCCCAUUCAGACCAUGUUUUGAUCUAUUGUAAAAGCAUUCUUAGUGGUCUUUUAAUUAG